AUGUCUGCUCUUUCUUACCAAAUUCCUGUAAAUACAAUGGCUUCACAACCACUUCAAAAUGAACCUAUAACUAAUAUUCUAUCAACCUCUUCUCAAAACGUCGCGGAAAUAAAACCGUUACCACAAGCAACUAUUAAACAUUUGGAUAAUAUUUUUGAAGCAGUUAAGAGACAGGUGGCUAUAUGGGGUGAGCACGCAAGGUGGAAAAUUGAUUUAGUAUUGUUGCCUGACGAAGAUUUAGAUGCACAAAACCGAAUGUUAGGAGCGAGUCCAAGUAUAGGCAUGCAUUCACCUAUCAGUGAACCAAUGCCAUUAUCUUCAGUCACCGGUGAUAUUCUAAAUAAUAACCUUCGCCGAUUUUCUUCGCUGGAAUCAAGUUGCAUAGAUAAUCUUGACGCAGAAAAUGCAAAAAAUUUGUUGAAAGAAACAAUAAAUCAAAUUCGGAAUUGUGAAUCAAUCAUCGAACGUACCAAUGAGUAUGAAGAAAGGAUAAAAGAUUUAGAUGAUAAAUUAAAGAAAGCAAAUGAACAUGUUGAGGGGAUACAUAGAUAUCAUACUAUGCGAGAAGAAGAAAUGGCUGUAAAACAUAAUAUGGAAUUACGAUUACUUCAAGAAGAUGCAAGAAUUCUCAACCAAAGACUCAGAGAAACCACGUCAAAAUUAGAAAGUAUUUAUGCUAGACACCGAUCAAAGAGGAGAGAACGAAGUCAUUUAAAGGAUUCAAAGGAUUUAAAGGAUAUAAGAGGAAGGAACCUUCACCAAUCAGAUCGACAGUUAACUAAUGGUUAUGUAACAUAUAAUAACAAUUAUCUGUAUGGUAAUGCUACUCAGAUAAUUAAUGUGAGUGCACAAACAAAUACAAGAAUGCCCACAAUACAAAAAUCAAAAACGAUGGUUUCUACAAUACAAGAAAACACUACAAACACUAUUCACUCAAAUUAUCCAUCAAUACUCUCAUCGCAAAGCAAUGACGUCUACACACCACCUAUUCAAACGAGUUCCACAAUUUCCUCUUAUCACAUAUAUCCAACUUACACGUUUUCCCCGAUGACUAAUCAGAAUCAAAUGCAAAAUAUAUCGAUUCAAUAUGAUAGUACUGUCACAAAUAUUCCCCCCGAAAUUUCACCUUAUCAUUUCGCUGUAUCAUCAUCAUAUGCACCAAUAGGAUCGUCAUCUUUCUUCCCAAUGUCUCAAAUCAAACAGACUAAUUAUUCCGGAUUAGACAAUCUUUCAUUAGCAGCGGAAAUGAUUUUAAAUUCAAAUAACCAACCAAUUUCAUACGACAACAAUGAAAGGAUUAUCUCUCCAAAUGUAAAAAAUGAAACUACGUCAAACUUAUGCGUGGACACUUAUACUAAUCAAUUUGAAGAUAAUAAAGAUAAUAAAGAUAAUAAAAAUAAUAAAGAUAAUGAAGAUAAUAAAGAUAAUAAAGAUAAUGAAGAUAAUAAAGAUAAUGAAGAUAAUGAAGAUAAUAAAGAUAAUAAAGAUAGUAAAGAUAAUGAAAAUAAUAAUAAAGAUAAUAAAGAUAAUGGAGAUAAUGAAAAUAAUAAAGAUAAUGAAGAUGAACCGAUAAAUAAUCAACAAAGUAAUGUUGAAGUGCACCGACAAAACGAAAAUGAGGAGUCAUUAAGGAGUGUAUUGACUACUCCUGAAUCAUUAAUGACAAUUAGAAAUGGAAGUGGAUUAGUUGAAGAUACCGAAGAUGAAAAUACGGUGUCAACUCCUGUGUCAGGGGCUGUUGACGAUGGUAAUUUCGAAGUGAUGGAAACUGGGGACAAUUUUGAAAAAGAACAAGGAGAGAGAAAUGCUGAAGUUCUAUCAACUUCAACAUUUGAGAACGAAUCAUCAGAUGAAACUAAAAGUCAAGUUUCAUUAUCUAAAAGUCCAUCACCUCAAAGAAUGGUGUAUAUGUAA